GGGUGCGCGGGGAUUAAAGCCCUUUGUGUGCCGGCAGCCGGGGCUCGGGGCCGGGUAAUGAGAUCAGCGCCGUGCGCGGCCCUUCCUGCGCCGGGGGAUGGACGGGGACACGCAGCCCCCAGCCCGGCGGAUCCCUCCUUCCCUUCCCCAGAAGCUUCUCGCAACGCGAUCCUGGGGGAGCGGGGCCGGCGCGGUUAUGUAAAGCCCCUCCCUCGCUUCCCCCCCGUUGCGGGAGCCGAUGUAGGGCAGGUAUUGCGGCCCCAACUUUUCCUUACGUAAGGUGGGUGCUCCCCUCAUCGCAGCGCUGCGGACAUCGGCCGUUCCGUCGGUUCCCCCCCCGCGGACACACCCAGCGCCGUCGCCUUCCGAGCCGUGACAGCAGCGCUGCCCUCGCCUCCCGUCGAGGUGUUUUUAGGGACAGAUACGAGCUUUCCGACCCGCACGGCAGGAUGCCCGCAGGGACAUAACGGUGUGGCGAUGGUUCCCUUGGGCCGGGAGCCGCCUGACGCAUUUUUGUGAUGACGGAAAGCUCAGAUUUCCGUGCUGGGUGCGCCGUGCAGGGCAGCAGCCCAGCCCCGUUCCCAUCGUUUUGCUGCAGACCGCAUCCAUGCGUGCAGGUGCUGCGUUCUGCUUUUGUCUCGGCCGAAAUGAGCAGAAGGAUCCGUGCUCUUUUCAGAGCCUUCCCGAGCCCCAGUUAGCAGCAGAGCAUCCUCCAAGCGAGCGGUCUGUGAUGUGCUUUGGGCCCUCGCUGCUGCCAUAUGUUGGGCUUUCUGCUGCCCGUGACACGGAUGGCCAAAGCUCGACCCAUCCCCGUAGCUGCAGCCUUCGUAGCAGCACGGGGAGCCGGCAUUGGAGGUGGGCACCGACGCUGCGAUGCUUCUGGGAAUGGAGAGCAUGCAGGGCAGUGCUCUGCUGCCUGGCACUGGGGGGAGGGCGGCUUUUCACGCCCUGAGUUCAUUUGUUUGGCCCUGUUGGUGUUUGUAGCUGCUCCUGUGCUUAAAUCUCAGCUUUUCCUUUGGUUUUGGUGUGUUGGUUUUCAUAAGCAGGCGCUGUUGGGGGAAGCUCUCAAUUGCAGCAAGAGGAGAAAAAGGGAGGGGGAAGGAGAAGCAUUUAAUGUCUUCUGGAGUUGCUGCAUAAAGGAUGGGUCUAAGGGUGUCAGUUAGGAGCUGGUGCAGUUUUAGCACUCAGACCGCUGAAAAUGUGGCUCUCCUGCUAUGAGCUCCCUGGGAGAAUGCUCGAUUCCUUUCUUCUGUCAGACCUAAUUCAAAAUAAGGGCUCUGAGCUGUGCUGUCAUGCAUCCAUUUGCUUAAGUUUGAGGCAGCUCUGAGUUCCUGUUCUGCUUUCUGCCCUUUCUCGCAGUCACUUUUGGCAUCACCACGCUGUGCUGUAGCUUUGUCAUGUGGUGGACAGGGGCAGAGUGCUGCACUGGGGCCAAGUGCAGAUCGAAUGCAGUGCUGCAUCUCUGUAUGCACUGCGAUUGAAGCAUAGGUCAUAGCAGGCAUGGAGGAGCCAGCAGAACAGAAGUCACUUCCAGCUUGUGUCCCCAAGCACAGCUCUGCAGUGCCUGGGCGGUGUAUCAAACACAGUGCCCAGCAGCUGCCUUGUCACAGCUACCUUUCUGUUCCUGCCAAGCUGCCUCCCAGUCUGCGGGUGUUUUAAUGAGGCUGUGCUUAAAGCCCUUCUUUGCAGCUUGCUUUGCUCAUCUGGGCUUGUUUUCCACCCGAUCAUGCGCUAGUGAUCUGGACAGGCAGUAAAAGCAUCCGCUGCGCCCAAACGUCCCCGAGUUGGACAAACGGGGUUUGUUUGUGUGGUGUAACCCCUGGCAACAGACUUGUGGGCCAUUUCCCUGACAGCCGUUGACUCACAGUUGGCUGAGUGGUGGCUGCAGCCUGUGGGUGCACACGGGAAACUUUGCAUGCGACCGAGGCAUUGGAAACAGCAGCACGGUGGCCAUUACGCAUCCCCGGAGAGCACUGUGCACUGCUUUGGCUGCAGAGUGAUCGUCUUCUGAUCAAAGGUGGGAAGAUUGUCAAUGAUGACCAGUCUUUCUAUGCAGACAUCUACAUGGAAGAUGGGCUCAUCAAGCAAAUAGGAGAGAAUCUCAUCGUGCCUGGAGGAGUGAAAACCAUCGAAGCCCAUGGCAGGAUGGUGAUUCCUGGAGGGAUUGAUGUUCACACCCGCUUCCAGAUGCCGGAGCAGGGGAUGACUUCUGCUGAUGACUUCUUCCAAGGGACCAAGGCUGCGCUGGCUGGGGGCACCACCAUGAUCAUUGAUCAUGUGGUUCCUGAGCCGGGGACCAGUUUGCUGACUGCAUUUGACCAGUGGCGAGAAUGGGCAGACAGCAAAUCCUGCUGCGAUUACUCCCUGCACGUGGACAUCACCGAGUGGCACAAAGGCGUCCAGGAGGAGAUGGAAGCUCUGGUUAAAGACCACGGUGUGAAUUCCUUCCUGGUUUACAUGGCUUUCAAAGACCGCUUCCAGCUGUCUGACUCCCAGAUCUAUGAGGUCCUGAGUGUUAUCCGGGAUAUUGGUGCCACAGCUCAAGUGCAUGCUGAGAAUGGUGACAUCAUUGCCGAGGAGCAGCAAAGGAUCCUGGAGCUGGGAAUCACAGGCCCUGAAGGGCACGUGUUGAGCAGACCCGAAGAGGUGGAGGCAGAAGCUGUGAACCGGGCAAUCACCAUCGCCAACCAAACCAACUGCCCUCUCUAUAUCACCAAGGUGAUGAGCAAAAGUGCUGCUGAAGUCAUUGCUCAAGCCAGGAAAAAGGGCACUGUGGUGUACGGGGAGCCCAUCACAGCCAGCUUGGGUACUGAUGGAUCUCAUUACUGGAGCAAGAAUUGGGCGAAGGCGGCCGCUUUUGUCACUUCCCCGCCACUGAGUCCUGACCCAACCACUCCUGAUUUCCUCAACUCACUGCUGUCCUGCGGAGACCUCCAAGUUACUGGCAGUGCCCACUGCACCUUCAACACUGCUCAGAAAGCUGUUGGGAAGGACAACUUUACCCUAAUCCCUGAGGGAACCAACGGGACUGAGGAGAGGAUGUCCAUCAUCUGGGACAAGGCUGUGGUGACUGGCAAGAUGGAUGAGAACCAGUUUGUGGCUGUGACCAGCACAAAUGCAGCUAAAAUCUUCAACCUGUACCCACGGAAGGGCCGUAUUGCUGUGGGCUCUGAUGCUGAUUUGGUUAUCUGGGAUCCUGACAGCGUCAAGACAAUCUCUGCCAAGACCCACAACAUAUCUCUGGAGUACAACAUCUUUGAAGGCAUGGAGUGCCGUGGGUCUCCCCUGGUGGUUAUCAGCCAAGGGAAGAUCGUGCUGGAGGAUGGGAAUCUCCACGUAACGGAGGGAUCUGGGCGGUACAUCCCCAGGAAACCAUUCCCUGACUUCGUUUACAAGCGCAUCAAAGCGAGGAGCAGGCUGGCUGAGCUGCGGGGUGUGCCUCGAGGUCUCUAUGAUGGGCCGGUCUGCGAAGUGUCGGUGACGCCGAAGACAGUCACUCCUGCAUCUUCAGCUAAAACAUCUCCUGCCAAACAGCAAGCUCCACCCGUGAGGAACCUGCACCAGUCUGGCUUUAGCUUGUCUGGUGCACAGAUUGACGACAACAUCCCACGCCGCACCACCCAGCGCAUCGUGGCACCGCCGGGCGGACGUGCCAACAUCACCAGCUUGGGUUAAGGACCGACCCCUUCCGCCCGCCCAGCGGACCAGGGGAGGGGAUGGGGGCACCUGGAGACCCUUUUUGAUUCUUUUAGAGCCUGUGAUGGUUACUGCGGGCAAUGUGGGGGGGGCUGAAGUAAUGCGCCUCUUUCGGUCCCCUCAGAUUCCCUCCUCAUCUUCACCAACCCCUCUCACUUCCCUGUCAGCCCCUACACGUUUAAUGAAAAAACAACCAACCCUGUUUUGACACCUCUGACAUGCAAAAGGAAAUGUGAAGAGGGUGUUUGAGAUAUGUGGCCUAUGUCCCAUUCAGCAUCUUUCUUUUAAUAAAGGAAGGAUAAAGUGAAUUUCCCCGGAGCUGCCUUUAAGACACAGACGAAAAGAAAAAAGAAUAAAUAAAUUUUAAAUGUAAACAAAAAGCUUUUUUUUUUUUUUUUUUUUUUUCCCGAUGUCAAGCAGAAGAGUAGUUCAAGGGUUAUAAACUGGAUGUUCUUUAGGGUUCUGUGUUCCAGCAGCAUAGCUAGGAGAACACAGAGGGCUGCGAAUCCCAGUCUGGCACCAUUCCCCACCACCACCUCUGAGGCCACAGAAUAGCUGUUUGCUGCCAAGAGGGAGAACCAGGACCCAGCACUAGGAGCUGACAGAGCACAUGGCACCCUGCCAUCGGGUGAGCUAGAACUGUUGGAGACUUUUGUUCUGUUGGGGUUUUUUUCCUUUUUUUUUUUUUCCUUCCUGAUUCUGCUGCAAAUUAGGUCCUUGAGGAGUUUUUCCUUUUUUUUUUUUUUUUUUUUAAACGUCUGUGUGUGUUUUUAAUACGUUCGUCUCAUCGUGUUUACAAAGCCUUAUCUCAGAACUGGGCAUCUCCCAGUUCUCCCUGCUCCUUCCUGAGCCUCAUUCGAAUUACUGACCCCACCAGUGUCACUGCCCCUUUGGUACUUUACUUUGGGUGCUCCUAGGAUGCAUCGUUCCAGCCAAUUCUUCCCACUUACCUGCAAUAGGAGCUAGCAGUGCAGGUUUGUAAGCUAUGAUCUUCACUUCAGCAUACUAGGUCUUGAGCUGGUGCAAACACCAGGGCUGGACGCCAGCUGCAGAGCUGGGCAGAGCCUCUGAGGAGCUCUUAGCAGUUGGUUUAUUUCCCACAGGUAGCAGCCAGUAAGCAGAGGGCCAUAAGCAAUGGGCAGUACUUUGCCUGAAAGAUUUCUGUAGCAGCCACAUCCCCUUUCCUGGCCAUUAAUGAGUGGUUAUUUAAAACUCUGAGAGCUUAUCUUUAGCUCUUGUUGGAAGGCUGCUCUGUUGUGUGCAUGCCUGAGCAUCUGUGGCAAUUCCAAUUAGCGUCCAGAUGCCCAGCUGUUGUAACUGGGAUCCUCCAAGCAGCUCGAUGGGUCAACAGCAGCUGAGAAUCUCUCAUCCAUGUGCAAAUUUCAGUCUGUCAUUCCUUCAGGGAUCUGCCUUUCUGCAAAUAUUCCUGAGAAGACCCCGGCCCUGCUCGGGUAUGUGCCUCAGGUUUGAGAAACCAGAGGGUAGGAGUGGUCCUCCAAUUAAUCAUUGAUCAUCAGGAUGAUUUAAACCCAGGACUUAGAGGUCCUUUAGCCCUAGUAUUGGAGGCUCGUGUUUUCAGGUUUUCAGGACGUGGAGCAUAAAUCUGCACUGUUAGAGUCCCACUUACGCUUCGCUGGAGGGCUUGAUGGUCCCAAGGGCUUGGACUGUCUCUGAGCACAGAGAGCUUUUCUACCCACAGUUAACAAAGCAUUACCUCCACUGUCUGUAGCCCUGGUGCUUGGCUAUGUCUUCUGCUUUCUCUUCUGUUUGUCCUUCACCAUGUGCACGGACCUCAUUUUCCCUAUUUGUGAGCAUUUUCUUAAAUGGUGUUCACAGGUUCUUGUAAUGAAAAACUAUAUAUGAGAAGGCUUUUAAGAAGCAACUACCAAAUUUGUUGUGAUGCAGUAGCAACGCUGGGAUUGUCAAAGGAUCUGGGAGCAAUGUAGGUACCCAACCCCUCCCAGCACAAUUCCCAUAGGCCCCUUUGAACAUCAAAGCUCAGACAUUGCCAUACUCAUCCAUGCCUUUUAUAUCUCGGUUUAACCCUUGGGUGGUUAGUUUUGCAUAAGAGUUUGCACUUUGUGACGUAAUCUGUGAGCGUAAUAUAUAUUGCAGCUAUCUUUCACCUGUAUGUUAAAACCAAUCUGAACGAGUUGGGGAGAGAAAGAAAGAAAUUGGGAUCCGUGUCGAUUCUACAAAACACACGCGGCUCUUCAGUAUUCACUUAAGUCUUCCUUUUACUUUCCUUCAUUGACUCAUGAUGACUUUUGGAUUUCAAUUUGUUCUUCAAAAGGGUAAAGGAAAAAAAAAAAGCAAAAAAAAUCACAAAAAAAAGAUUUUUUGCAGGCUGUGUAAGCAUGUUUUUUCUGUGAGAGCUCGUCUGCUUUGUGUCUGUUUACUGAAUGUCAUAUGUAAAUGCUUAAAGAAAAAAAAACAUGACUUAAUUAAUUAACCGCAGUGACUUGAAGCUCUAAAAAUAAUAAUAAUAAUUAAAAAAAAAAAGUAGGAUUUAAUACUAGCUGGAUUUAACCCUUGGAUUUGUGAUUGUGAACCAUGAGUGGAGGAGCUGUAAGUGCUAAAGCUGAUCAUGUGUGUAGACAAAAAGAAGUACUGAUAUUUGACCAUUGUCUCAAUGGCAAAAAAAAAAAAAAAAGAAAAAACAACAAAAAAACACCCAACCCCAAGUCUUGUGUUUUAUUCCUGAAGAACUCUGUGUUAUAUUACCAUGGGAACUCCUAAUAAAGACAAAAUGUUGUUGUUUCACUA